AUGCUGAGUAACCGCCUAAUUAUUGGUGUUGAUUAUGGCACCACCUUCACGGGUGUUGCAUAUUGCGAGACCUCGGAUACCGGAGUCGUUGGCAAGGAAAUCACUGUCGUGAAGGACUGGCCCUCGCGCUUCAAGAUCAGCACCCACGAGAAGGUUUCCAGUGAGAUUGCAGUCCAUGAUCGCCAACUAUGGGGCGCUCUCAUCGCUCCAAAUGUGCAGAGGCACAUGUGGACAAAGCUUCUCUUGGACAAUACGAAGGUUGGAGAAGUCGAUAGGAUCCUCAGGGAACUAUCCAUCAACAACGAGUCUAUCUUGUCUACGAGGCCUGUCGACAUUGUUGCAGACUACCUUGCGCAUGUCAAAUCCCACCUGAUAAGCAACCUCAACAUUCACUAUGGCAAACAGCUGUGGAGCAGCCUUCCUAUUACUCUAGUCAUCACUGUGCCAGCAGUCUGGUCAGAUGCUGCCAAAGAUGCUACCCUACUGGCUUUCGAUAAAGCGGGCUUCAACAACAGGGGACUACCUCAGCUCAAGAGGACUGUGCUUACUACUGAGCCCGAAGCUGCCGCCAUCUAUACUAUCCACUCGUUACGUGGUGGUGUUCAGGACGAGCAGUUCGCUGUCGAUGACGGUUUCAUCGUCUGUGAUAUGGGUGGUGGCACAGUGGACCUGAUAUCCUACCGUGUCGCCAAACUGCAGCCGACCAUCUUACAAGAGGCGACGGUUGGCAGUGGCUCUCAAUGUGGAGGCAGCUUCGUGGAACGCAAUUUUUUGAAGUGGUUGGAGCGUCGCCUCGGCAAAGAAGACUUCUUUCUCAUUGCUGGGACUACAAGCAGUGAUCUUCCCCGUACUUCGCUCUCGUCGAAGCUUAGCAGACUUGUCCAGGACUUUAUCGCCGAAGCCAAGAACGGCUUCUCAGGUGUAGAGGAUAAUUUCGUGCGCCUACCAUCACCCCUCAACUCAGUGCAGGAUGAUAGCAGUCGUGGCAUUGAAGACGGCGAGAUCAUGAUCACAGCUACGGACAUGAAAGAGCUGUUCAGCUUUUCGCUUGAUCGCGCAUGCGAACUCAUACUUGAGCAGAUUCAGCAAGCGCAGCGCAGCAAAAAUGUUCAACUCAAGUAUAUCUUCAUGGUCGGAGGGUUCGCUGAGUCACCCUAUGUCUACACGGAAAUCAAAGCCUUCGCGGAAAGGUAUGGAUUGCAAGUUAUUCGUCCAGCAAAUGCCUGGUCAGCUGUAGUGCGCGGUGCAGCAGCCAAAGGCCUUGAGGGUGACGGCCGCACCCCGAUCUUGGCGCGCAAGUGUCGUAGACAUUAUGGUACCCCUCACGCUGCAAAAUUCGUUGCUGGAAAACACAGGGAAGCCGACUCCUACAUCUGUCGAUAUACCGGGGAAAAGAUGGCGAAUAAUCAGAUUAACUGGUUACUCAAGAAGGGUCAAGAUCUCUCCACGCAAGCGAACUCACAUGCUCAAAUGCUCCUGUGCAAGCAGUUCUGGCCAGAUGAAUCUAGGGAAGCAGACAUAGAGCUUGUCGUCUGUGAUGCUGAUAAGGCGCCAUCUCGACGGGACAGGAAUGUGUACGAGGUCGUCAUCCUACAUGUCGACCUUGAGGGUUUGCCUUUAGAUGCUUAUACCCCACGCACAAGCCCCUCGGGUACUAUGUUCUUGGAGAUUGGAUUUGAGGUUGAGAUUUCUCUUCAGUCGGCUUUGGAGUACUCCUUCUUAGUCAACGGGGUCCGUUAUGGAUCUGUGACUGCGAAAUCCUCGCUGCAUGCGGUACUGAAUAUCUUCUUUCCAAAUGUUACCGUUCAACAACAUGGCUUCCUCAUACACAAAAACCACAUGCAUCUCCCCAACCAUGACACCCACCCUCACCCCUCCUCCAGCCUUCAACCCGCCCCCACCCUAUCCCCUCACCACCGCCAAAACCCCAUCCUCACCCCUUCCAUCCUCACUCCUCGCCCUCCCCACCCGGCCAAGUCCCCAACGCCCGCCAUCCAGCCGAGCCCUCUAAGCACUAAAUCACAUGACCAAAACCUCAUGCGCGUCAUCCCCUCGCUUCCUCCGACUCUAGCCCAGCCCAAGACGCUAACUGUCCAACCACCCAACGCCACACAGCACGCCAGCGAAAGGCAAAUUCGAGGCUUCCGCGCGCAGCUGUAG